UUUUUCCCCAUCCCUUUAACGGAUUCCUGCCAAAUCAGAGCGGCUGGUGCUGGCAGGGCCGGGCUGCCACCGCCGGCAAAGAUGCCCGCGGUCUCUGUCCUUUACAAGGGAGCCAUCAUCAUCAGCAGGACACUCAUGGGACCAUAUGGGAUGGAUCGAGCUGUGCACUGCUUCGACUUCUACGAGUGUGCAAACGGGCUGGGCAUUAAGGUCAUCGGUGGCAUCAAGGAGCUCACUGGAGAGGAAUAUGGAGUUUAUGUCAAGAGGAUCCUUCCAGGGGGUGUUGCUUAUGCGGAUGGGCGCCUGCAGCCAGGAGACCAGAUCCUGGAGGUCAAUGGAGAUUCCCUAAUUGGGGUUACAAGUGAGAGGGCCGUGGACAUCCUGAGGACGGCGUCGGCCACCAGCCACAUGCGCCUUCUGAUAGCCCGUGAUGACGAUGCCAGGAGAGAGUUCUCUGAGCUGCUGGAGAAGUUUGGCUCCCAGAGCAACACGGGCUCAGCGCGGAGCUCACCGAUCCUGCACGGCGGCAGUCGAUACCUGGAGAGCACCUCCUCAGGCUCAUCCUCGCGCUCCCAGAGCCCGCUGCUGCUGAGCCCUGCCAGCUCCCACGGCCCCUUCCUCGGGAGCCUGGCGCACGCUCCUCACGCACACUACUCCAUUGACUCUGGGAUCCAGAGCAUUUCUAUAGCAAACUCCUCUGGCUUGGGGCUGACAAUCAGUGGUGGAUCCAACAGGCCUGAUGGACCCAUGAUUUAUGUGCAAGAGCUUCUGCCAGAUGGGGACUGUUACAAAGAUGGCCGGCUCCGACCUGGAGACCAACUCAUCGCUAUCAACAGAGAUUCUCUGGUGGGCAGCACACAUGAGGAGGCCAGAAAAAUAAUUGAAAAAGCCAAAUUCAGACACGAGGGAAGCACAGAAGUGGCCUUUAUUCCUGGGAGGGGACGGUUACAUCCGGGACUGUCAGUUCACAACAACAUCCCAUCCCCGCCUCCAAAGGCUGUGGGAAAUGGCCUGAGCUCCUGCAGGCUGAAGGUCCACGUGAGGUCCCCAGAGAAUAGGCGUGAAAACCCUUUUCCUGUGCCUUCUUUAUCACCGGACAUUUGCCCACCAGAGCUUACGGUCUCAGCACCUGCUUCUGCUUCUAACUACAAAGCAGCUUCAGGCACCAAACCUAAAGUAGCACUGGAUCCCCAUAUCCGGCUCAAGGAUGGAAAACUGGAACUGGUUCUGCAGUAUCUUGGUCUGGAUGUGACUGAGGAGAAGAAGAGGCAGCUCCGACAAAGCCUGACCACGGACUCGCAGGGGACUGUGGCCUACGGAGAUGUUCUCCAAGCACUCAGGGAUCUGAUGCAGGAGGAGUUGGAUGAGGCUGGUCUGGAUUCCAGCUCUGUGCUCUUCACUCAACAUGAAGUGGCCAAUUUGCUGGAUACAUCAGCUUUUCACUCCCCGACUUUUGACUCUCUCAACUGCAAUGGCAGCGAGGACCUGGAGCAGCUGCAGCUGGAGAUGAGGGAUCUGCGGCACGAAGUCCGCAGGCUGAAGUCUCUCCUGAGAGAAGUGGAGAGCAGCAAGAAGUUGAUGGAGGAUGAGCUCCAGAGGCUGAACCAAAAGGCGCUGGGGUUCCUGUCAGAGAACCGGACCCUACACAGCAAACUGCAGAUGGCUGAGGUGGUGCAGAGACAGGCUCACAGCGCAGAGCAGGACUACGAGGAAGUGAUCCACCUGCUGGAGGCUGAAAUUGCAGAACUGAAGAUGCAGCUGGCAGGGAAAAAAGCAAAGCACGUCUCUGAAAUAGAGGAGGACAUCCUGGAGCUGAAGAGGCAGCUGUCCCUGGCUGAUGGCCAGCUACGAAAAUCCGAAGUGUCACGGAAGCGCCUGGAGAUCUGCAAUAGGAAGCUGCUCCUGUUUGUGCAGAACAUUCACAAGGUCCUGAGCACACACAGUCAUUUACCAGAUGAGAAAAGCGUCAACCAUGAAACAGAAGAGGAUAAAACAGAUGCAGUCUCAGACACAUCUCUUCCAUCUUCAGAUCUUGUUGACCUUUUGCUAUCAGAAGCUAAAGAACUGUUAGCACCAAUGCUCUCCAACAAGGACGCUCUGCCAUGGGACAGGGACCAGUGCCUGCCUGCUGAAGGAAUCCCAAAUUACAAGGACCACCUUCAUCAGAAGACCACGUGGCCCCCUCCUGCAGGCCAGACCAAGAGUGACCAACCACAGUCACCAAGCCCAACAGAACUGCCUAAGAAGCCAACAUAAAUAUCCCAUGGCUUGGUGGUGCUCCCAAGCACGGCCACCCAUGCCAUGGGAGAAGGGAAAGACACCCCCAGGCACCUCAGCUUCCAGGCCAAGCAGACUGAGAACAAGCUUUCUGACACAAGACUAAUUCUUCCUAACUAUCCAAGACUUUUUCAGCCACCUCCCUUGCGUGUCUACCUCUGAGUUACCAUACAAGGCUUUUUGCUCAUGGUUUUGCAGCUUUAUAGGAAAAAUAUUCUCAAGAGGCUACAGAGGCCUGGAUUUCAGUGGCAGCCUUUUAGAGCUUGUAUUCUGGGUAGCAUGAAUGUACCUGAGGGACUCAGGGGUCUCCAACAGAUCCCUUUUGGUAUUUCAGAUGAAAAACCAAAGUCUAUUUAGUGGCUGUAAUCAAAGCAGCUUAAUCUGUAGUGUCCUAGCUGUCUUGGGGUAGGUAAUUCUCUUUUUAUUCUUUUUGUAUAGCUUAUCCCAGCUGCAGUGCUUGAAGGGGGAAGCAGCACCUCAGCAGUUGUUGGCCAGAGUGCAGGACGGCCAGCAGGGUGCUCCGGUCACAGCGUGGACACCGAGACCUCCCUGGAAUGUGGGGCAGGACAUGGUGGGCAUAGUGAACAUAGCUCAGGAAAGGUCCCUGGUGUCACUGGGAAAUGAGAUCCACACGGUGCAAGACUGAGACAGCAAUGAAUGGGGAUCAGAUCUGAGAUGGGCAGAGGUCUGGAAAAUAAAAUGGAAACGCUUCUCACAAGGAGUUUGCUCUCUGGGUUCUGAUUGCAGCUGCUGCGUUCAGCGUCUCACAGACAAAGACACAGCUUGAGACCAUUUUUCCUCCCUCUUAUUUUGGCAGCUCCUGGGGUGAUGCAUUGAGAAGUUGCAGGAAAAUGGGGUACAAUCUGGCUUUUACAAAUAAUUUGUUAAGAUUACUUCAAAUCUUCUUUGUGAGGGUUCAAAGCGUGUGGAUCCUUUAUUGUCUAAAUUAAAGGCUGAGGAAAAAUCAUGACCCUCACCAGUAUCUCUUGCACUCGAGGUAUCACUGCACUGCUAAACCAGCAACUGUGUGGUGAAUAUAUCAAAUAAAUAACCAGACUGAAAUUUUGGGUAAGCUUAAUUUCAUAGCUUGGGGUAAAUUAAAUCUUGGGAGUGCAUACCUCAGAAUAUAAAUUAAAGGACUUCUUUUAAAAGGAGAUAUACUUUUGGACUGCUUACAAGGAAUAUUCCCAGGAAGAAGAAAAUAUUCAUCUUGGGAUACCCUGUGUUUAAUAGCUCAUUCCCCAAUGCUCUCUGCUGUGAUGGAAUGAUAGCAAAUCCUGGUGUUACCUGUGGGUUUGGCCCUAGAGCUCUGUUCUCAUCUCCUGUAUUACACAGACAGGAGGUACACAAAGCAAAAUCCAGUAUCUCCAGUCUGGUGUACCCUGACUGUGGAAAAACACCUCCAGUUCCCCUGGGGUUACCCAGCAGAUCCCAAUCUGCUCCUGGCAGAUGCUUUUCUCCAAAAGCAUUUGGCUGGAGGUGGCAUCCUAGGGAGAUGUCUCCAGCCACUGCUUGUCACACUGGUCAGGGAACAGCACAGACAGGAUUUUGUGAAGGAGCAGGUCUUGGGCUGUGUUAUUUCAUAUACCCCAUGCCACUUGAGACACUUGGGAGAAAAGGAGAAAGUUAUGGGGAAAACACACCUGUUUAGGUUGCACUUAAUCAGCUAGAAAAUCAACAAUCUGUUGUGGAAAUCAACACAAGUUUCAACACCACCUCUGACAAUCAUGGAAUACUUUUCUCAAAAUACAAGUAUUGAGCUCCACCUCCUUGAGUGCUGGAAAGGCACAGACCACUGACCCAGCAGGGACCAGUCAUCUGGUCUGAAAGAGAAAUUUGAUGCUGCUUCCACAGUCUGUAUUAUUCAAUAGAUCUCUAUUUUAACAUCCCAAGAAAGGAGAUUUUGUAUUAGAGCAUCACAGUGGGUGAGGGUUUGGAUGAGAUAACCACUGUGCAGUUGGUGCUGGCACCUGGCAAGGGGUGGAAACAAGGGGAUGCUGUCCCAAGUAUUUGGGGCCUCCUGAGCUGUCUAUUUCCAAAAGAGCUGUGAAGUUCUUAACCUUUUAAAUAGCCCAAAUAGCUCUUUGCUCUCAGCUUACUGACAGCCCCUCUGGAAAGGAAAUCCUCCAUGUUCCCAUCAGCCACUGGAGAGCCUCACAUCAAACAAGGAUCAAGCAUUGCAUGCUUCCCAAAGCUUUCAUGUUUCUCAGCUGAUGUCCAAUAUUUCCUUUGAAUUUACCAUAUUCCUUUUGCCUUUGCUCCUAGCCCAGCAGACUUCCCUCUCUCUGUGAACCCCGUUGUUCCUAACGCCACCUCUGCUAAGUUCUGAUGAGAGCUGUGCUCCUGGAGGUGAUGCUGAUUUUGGUGACCCAGAAUAACAAACCUGUGUCAGGCUUUACUCCCAGGCAAGGGGAAUCAGGCAGAACUCAGCAAGGCAAGGGGUGACAUCUCCUCAGAGAGCUACCGAGAAGCAUAAGGGGAAAUGCAUGAAGGAACAAACAGCACAGAAAGAGAAGUUAUUUAAAUAGGAUGUUCUUCAUUCACACAAAGCCUGUCUAGCACUCUGCAAGAGAGCUGAAUUCUUUGGAUUAAUUUGCAAUACUUUUGGCUUGCUUGUUAGGUUGUGGAGAUGUGCUGCUGUCGCAAUGUGCUGUGUUUGUCUCAGAGAAUCUGCCUCAAAGGGUAUCAGAAUGACUGUACAGAAAUGAGGAGGAGUAUUUGUGAUAAAAAUGAGACCUGAAUGAUAUUAGAUCUUCCUGAGUGGCCAGAUCCUAAGGGGAU